ACGAGCACCCUCAGCUCUGCCACCAGAGGCAGAUCCACGCGACCAACACCGGCAGAAAGAUGGUGUACUGCUCCGAGUGUCAGAGAGGGUUCUACAAGAGGUCUCACCUGGAGGCUCACCGGAGAACCCACCGGGGACAGGAACCCAACCAGUGCUGGCAGUGCGGGAAGACCUACCCGACCCUGAUGAGCCUCGUGGUGCACCAGCAGAUCCACGACCGCAAGGAGCCCUACCGGUGCUCCUACUGCGAGAAGACCUUCGCCCUGAAGCGGGACUGGAAGACCCACCACCGGACGCACUCGGGGACCAAACCCUUCAAGUGCUGGUUCUGCGGGGACGGCUUCAGCGAGCAGGACGAGCUCACCGAGCACCUGGAGGUGCACGAGGGGGAGAAGUGCUACCACUGCAAAGUCUGCGACAAGAUGUUCGUCUCCUACCAGGGCUUCAACUUCCACCGCAAGUCCCACAAGAGCCAGAAGCUGCUGCCCUGCCUGAAGUGCAAGAAGACCUUCAGCAACCCCCAGAGUCUGAAGCUGCACCAGGUGACCCACUCCAACAGGAAGCCCCACAAGUGCCCCACCUGCGGCAAAGGCUUCAAGCUGCUGAGCGGCCUGCGGUGCCACCAGAGGACCCACGAGGACCUGAGGGACUACCACUGCACCGAGUGCGGCAAGUGCUUCUCCAGCCUGCAGGGCCUGAAGCUGCACAACCGCACCCACACGGGCCUGAAGCCCUACAAGUGCACCGAGUGCGGCAAGAGGUUCACCCAGUCGCCCCACCUCAAGUCUCACAUGGUCACCCACACCGGGGAGCGGCCCUUCCUGUGCACCACCUGCGGGAAGAGGUUCACCCAGUCGUCCCACCUGAGGUCCCACAUCACGCUGUUCCACGUGGGCGAGAAGCCGUUCACCUGCGACGACUGCGGGAAGAGCUUCACCAUCGCCCACUACCUGAAGAUGCACCGGCUGAGCCACACCAAGGAGAAGCUGUACCAGUGCUCCUACUGCGAGAAGUCCUUCUCCUACCACAACUCCUGGAGGGCCCACGAGAGGAUCCACACCGGCGAGCGCCCCUUCAGCUGCCGGGAGUGCGGCCAGAGCUUCAUCACGUCGGGCUCGCUGCUGAGCCACCAGAGGUCCAAACACACCGGCGAGAAGAGCCACUACUGCAUCACCUGCGGGGAGUUCUUCUUCACCAGCUCGCUGCUGCGGGUCCACCAGCUCGACCACACGGGCGAGCGGCCGCACGCCUGCAGCUGCGGCAAGACCUUCAAGACCAAAGGAGUGCUGCGCUACCACCUGAAGAGGUUCACCGACCACCAGCCGGCCGAGUGAGCGGGAUCACGGCGGGGUCGGCCCGAGAGGCGAAGCGCGGACGCUGCGGGGUGCAUGCAGGAGGGUAGUUACUGUCGGGUGUCCGCAGGGGGCGCUGAACACGUGUUGAAUCUUCAUCAGGCCCUCUGAGGGUCCAGAACUAAGUCAGAACCCAGAGAGACGCUGCAGAACGUCCCUGCAGAGUUUCAGUGAGAGCUGACUGCUAACAGCUGCAGCUCGUGCUGCUGAGGGCCACAGCUCGUGCUGCUGAGGGCCACAGUGUCAGAAAGGUUUGGUGCUCAGCUAACGAUGACAUGAGUUUUCUGUCGGUUUCGGGUUUUUGAAGCUGCUUUACAGAAACUUUGUUUUGUGAUCACUUCUUCAUGGUUUUGUUGUUGUUCUGUUAUAGAAAUGAUUUAAACUCCUCCUGCUCCUCCUGCUCCUCCUCCUCGUCGCUCAGCUUCUGUCUGCUUUUAUGUAAAAGAGAACAAACACUAAGAAGUUCUGAAGCUGCAGGCAGAAACACCACAGAAGAAGAAGAGCGCCGGGAGGUUUAAAGUCGGUGUUAAAACAAACACGUGAAGCACUUUGUUACUUUACAGGUUUGGUGGCGUUACGGUCCAGCGGCUGACCUCUGACCUCAGAGCGCCACGUGUCAUAGAUCUGGAACGUAUUGACCUGAUUGGCCGGCAGGUGUUACAAAGAGCGUGACGACUGAAUCAGCAGGACGUCUGUAGCUUUUUGACCACGAAGGACUCGUUAUCGUCCUGACUAUCAAAGAGCGGCGACAGGAAGUCUCUAACACUGACGCUGCUUUCACUCUGCGCGCCUGAAUGACCGUCACAGCCUGAAAGUGACGUCACGCGCAGCACGCUGUCACAAACGUGUAGCCGCAGAGGUUAGCCCCCGUUAGCUCCUACCCGCUAACCCUCCUGGGUCACAUGUCUCCGGAUUUAUGACAAACGCAAAUCAGAUCCAGGUCGGGUUGAUCGGAGUUCACGGAGCGGCGGUGAGCGACGACGCCAGGAUGUCUUUCUGCUCCUCCUCGCCGUCACCUGCUCCCAGAUUCUUUCCUCCACCUGAAAUCCACCUCCGGGUGCGUGUUUACCUCCGUACGACAGCGUGCUGCGUGUGACGCUUCGGUCUGAUCUGCGCCACAUUUAAACUAAGAUGCGACCUGUCGGCGGACGCAGCUGUAAGGACCCGUUGGACCUGAGAGCGACCCGGUCCGCUCUGGUCUCACGUGGACAUUCUUUGUGAUGGUUUUUGGUUCCAGGAGCUCUGCAGUGAAAUCAAACCUGUGAACUCAUGGUCACGUUGUGUUUAUCAAUAAAAACCAAACACUGUA